AAUUUGUUUGGAGAGUCGAAAACUGGAAAAGAAGAAAGACAGAUCCUUAAUACUAGUUUACAUAAAAAAAAUUGAAACAAGAUGCAAUUUGCAUGUCAGAAUGAUAUUACUUGGAAGAAUCAAGAAAAGGAAUUUCAAAAUUCCACAAAAAAAUAUCACAGAGCAUUUUCACUCAUGAUGACCGAGGAAUAGUUCAGUCUCUUGAGCUAAAUGACUUAUACAUCUUUGUAACUAUAUAUUAUCUGUACAUAGAGAAGAGUUGAGAAGAGCUAACAGUUAUCGAUGUUGUAAAUUCACAUCCAGCAGCCAUGGCUCACUUUUAUUGGAAAUGAUUCUCUGGUGGAAUGAAUGGUUAUUCAUUUUAAAAAUAGCACUCUCCUGUUUGGUAAUCCUAAUUAUUUAUAAAAUUCUACAUUACAUCAGAGAUGGAGUGCGGAAAUAUUUGAUGGUUCAAUCGUCUUCAGUACCAGCCCUUAAAGGCAUCCAUUCAUUGCGCUACUUAUCAAUAAUAAUUUCUACAUACAAGCAAAGUACGCCUAACUGUCCACCCCUGGCAUUGAUACUUCAGUGGUUGUGGGCUCUUUGUCUAUUAUAUGGAACUAAAGGUGUGAUGCGAGGAACUCUUCUGUUUAAACAAGGAAUUCUAUUCUAUAAACCGGAAACUGUACAGGUUUUAUUAAGUGAUAAAGAUCUUAUUGAGAAAAGCAGCGAAUAUAAGCUUAUGGUUCCUUGGCUGGGUACUGGACUCAUUACAAGUGGAGGAGCAAAAUGGCGGAAACAUCGGAAGCUGUUGACUCCAAACUUCCAUUUUUCCCUUCUGGAGAAGUCUAUUUCUGUGUUUCAACAGCAGUCCGAAAUUUUGGUUUCAAAACUAGAACUUCGUGUCGAGGAAUCUUGGAUAGAUGCUCUUCCUCUAAUACGUGCCUGCACUUUAGAUGCCUUAUGCGAGAGUGCUAUGGGAAUUUCCAUCAAUGCUCAAAAUUAUGAAAACGUUGAAUAUGGUAAAGCAAUUCAAGAAGUCGAAAGCAGUAUUAUGCUCCGAUUGCUGCAACCAUGGCUAUAUCCGGACAUCAUCUUCAACUUGACUUCUCGUGGCAAGACGUUCAAGACUAAUCUUCAGAUUAUUCAUGGAUUAAAUGAGAAGGUAUUAAAAGAAAAGAAAAUUGAAAUGAUAGCAAGAGCUGACUGGAAAUCGAAAUCCGAAAUAGAAACGGAAGGAAGCUGCUUUAAUAAGAAGAAACCGUUUCUAGAAUUCCUUCUGGAGUAUCAUUUAAAAAACCCAUUAUUUACAGAAACAGAUGUCAGGGAUGAAGUAGAUACUUUCAUGUCUGCGGGUCAUGAUACUACAGCAGUAACAAUGAACUGGGUUUUGUACUGCUUAGGAGUGUACCAAGAUAUUCAGAAAAAGGUUUAUGAGGAAAUAGAGGAGACAUUUGAAAGGGAGGAAAAUAAUAUUUCAUGCGAAGCAUUGACCAGGAUGAAAUAUCUUGAGUGCGUCAUCAAGGAAACAAUGCGGUUGUAUCCUACUGUUCCAUUUAUCUUAAGAGAAAAUAAAAAGCCCUUUAAAGUUUUAGGAUAUACCGUAUAUCCAGGUACCAUAUGCGCUAUUUUUAUCUUUGCUUUGCACCGGGAUCCUGAAUCAUUUCCCAAUCCAGAAAUAUUUGAUCCAGAUCGCUUCUUACCAGAAAACAAUAAAAAAAGACAUCCUUAUUCUUAUGUUCCCUUUUCUGCAGGAUUUCGGAACUGUAUAGGUCAGAAAUUCGCAAUGAUGGAAAUGAAAAUAAUUCUAUCAAGCAUACUAAGGAAUUUCCGCGUCAUAUCCUUAGAUAACAGAGACAAAGUGAUUAUCUGUCCGAGUCUUGUUAUUCAGACUGCCAAACCUUUGCGCUUGAAGUUUGUGUCCCGAUGACAGUAAAAUAAUCAAUGUUAUGAAUUAAAGCUAAAUUUAUAAUGUAUAUUUGAUUUCUUUGUCAGUACUCCAGUAAAGAAAAUAAAAUAUAUUUCAUCUCCUGAAA